UGUGUUACUUAUUGCGUCAUUUCUUUGUUAUACAGAUACACAGAUACACAAGAGGAUCCAGAGUGUCGCCGAACUCCAUCUUGUCACGCUUAAUUACUAAUAGUCAUGGCUUCAAAACUCGGCCGCUCAAUUAUCAAAGCCCAGCGUCCUAUUAGACCCAAAGGACAAGUAAAGUGUGAAGUCCACAAACAAAAUGAAGUCGUACUUUUAUGUCAGGACUGUAAAAUGUUAAUCUGUACAAAGUGUUCUAUUACCCUCCACAAACAUCAUAUUGAUAGUUUUCUGGAGAUAUCUGACAUCAAAACACGACACAAUCAAAUACUCCAGGACUUUGUCAAUGAGACAGAAAAUGUAAAUAUUCCAAAACUUAACCAAGAAAUAAUUUCAUCUCGAACAAAAAAGAGUUCAUGUAAACCUAGGUACGAUAAACUUCGCAAAAACAUCAUUGACAAUACUAAAAAAUGUAAGUUAGAGUUAGACAAAAUCACGGAGGAUUAUAUCGCACUUUGUGACAAGAUGGAGGUGGCGGCCAUGGACCUGAUACAGACCCACAUCACAGACCUGGAGAGUAGACUGAAAACUUUGAGGGACCUCUCAUCAGAGUAUAAACAGGCUCUCCAGACAGGAACCAGUGUACUCGUGUACGACUCGGUAACAGAAAUCCGGGAAAUGGAUCCAGACAUCCCACCGACACCUAACAUAGACAUGGCACAGUUUACUCCGGGUAUGGACAGACUAAGUCACCUAAAACAGGCCCUCGGGAACCUCAAACUUACUACUGACCAUCUCCAGGCAGGAUCGGCAACUAGUGGUCACUCCGACCAACGUCCAGUAGUCCGACCAAAACAGUCUACAGAGGCUGGUCAAGCGUCCACUGGAGAAGUCCGGUACAAACUUCGUGACCGUCCAACCGUCAUGUCUCAGUUCCCAUACCCGGGUAACAUCACGUCGAUCUGUCCUACAUCUGAUGGACGUGCGUGGAUGUGUGACUAUAUCACCAACACAGUAAAUCUCAUCGACAACCAAGGUCAGGUCAUACAGACGGUACGACACAGCAGUAGGAUCAGGGACAUCAGUCUGGACCCCACCACAGGUCGUCUGUGGUUCUGUUGUUGGGAUGAUAACACUAUCUGUGAAGUAUCUACACCAUCUACACCAGUCACAAGAUUCACUACAGAGGAUCACCCAUACAGUCUGUGUGUGACCAGGGAGGGUCGGGUAGUGGUGGGUACACGGGGUAGACAGGGGUACAAGGUGGGGGUGUAUACAGUGGACGGUCAGGUGUUACAUACACACAUUGUGGAGGGGUACGUAUGGUCAAUAUCACAAUGUGGUGUUACAGGUAAUAUAGCUGUAGUAGUGGAUGGUAAACGUAUCAUUGUGUACAACCCAACACUCCAGUCACUGGUCAACUACCAGGGGGAGGGGAUACAGGCCCGGGGGGAGGGGAUACAGGUACGGGGGUCGGUCACACCAGACGAGUUUGGUCCUCGUACAGUUGUAUAUGACAGUAAGGGUAAUAUUGUUAUUGCUGACCAGACAAGGAAAACAAUAGAACUGAUAAGUGGAGCAGGGAAGUACAUAAAAACACUUCACACAAACAAAGUAUACCAGGGACCAGUAGGUAUACAGAAGGGUGAUGUGUUGUGGUCAAACUUAGAGUUAGAUACAGGAGAGUGGGGACUCAAACUCCUCAAGUAUUAUAGUGACUGAGUGACUCAACCUUGAGUGUGGAUACAGACAGUUUAUAUCAGUGGACUUAAACAACAUGAACUUUACAUUACUGUAUCAUCACACGUUUAUCAAAUUGUAUGUACACAUUACAAAAGGCAUGUAAUUAAUGUUAUUUACCGUUAAAUGUACGGUCAAUAUGAUGUGAUUCACACGUCCCUGCCAUACAUUUCAACUUCUGUUUCUCAACAUGUAGAAUGUGUUUAUCGUUAAAUGUUUUGUAAAUAUAAUUUUAUCAAUAUGUACAUACAGACCGCGGAUUAUAACCACGUCACUGUGAUACAUUUCAACUACUGUAAUGAAAUCUGAAA